CGCCCGCGGGAAGGAGGCGCCUCAGCCGGGCCGGGCCUCCUGCUCCUCCCCCGGCGCCUGAGGCGAAGCGGCGGCCCGGCUUCAUCGCCGCCUCCUCCUCCUCCUCCUCAACGGGCCGGGAUGCGGCCUCCGUGGGCGCCGCCGCCUCCGCUGCUGCUGGGCCUGGGCCUGCUCCUGAGGGCGCUGGGCGGGGAGCCGCAUCAGCACUUCGGCAGCGACGGCGAGCACCGGCCCGACUUCGACCAGGAGGCGCUGCUGGGGGGCCAGGAAGAAGUGGAUGAGUUUUCCAAACUGAGUCCAGAUGAGCAACAGAGAAGACUGAAAGCUAUUAUAAAGAAAAUUGACUUGGAUUCGGAUGGCUUUCUCACAGAGGCGGAGCUAAGUUUGUGGAUCCAGCAGUCGUUCAAGCAUUAUAUUGCCGAAGAAGCUAAGCAGCAGUUUGGCGAAUAUGAUAAAGAUGGUGAUGGACAUAUAUCCUGGGAAGAAUACAAUAUUCAGAUGUAUGACCGUAUGAUAGACUUCGAAGAAGAUUCUGCUUUGGAGGACACUGAAGAAGAAUCUUUCCGGCAGCUCCACUUGAAGGACAAGAGGAGGUUUGAAAAGGCUGACAAAGAUGGGGUUUCUGGCCUGGAUCUGAAUGAAUUCAUUGCUUUUGAACAUCCUGAGGAAGCAGAAUAUAUGAAGGAGUUUGUUAUCCAGGAGGCUUUGGAAGACCAUGAUAGAAAUGGUGACGGAUUUGUGAGCUUGGAAGAGUUCCUUGGAGACUACAGAAGAGAUCCAACGGCUAGUGAAGAUCCCGAAUGGAUACUCGUCGAGAAGGAUCGAUUCAAAAACGAUUACGAUAAAGAUCGGGAUGGAAAACUCAACUCGAAAGAGCUGUUAAGUUGGGUGGUACCCAAUAAUGAGGGUAUUGCGCAGGAAGAGGCUGCCCACCUUAUUGAAGAAAUGGACUCUGAUGGUAACAAAAAGCUUUCUGAGGCAGAGAUUCUCAGCAACCAGGAUUUAUUUCUCAACAGCGAAGCCACAGAUUAUGGCAGGCAGCUCCACGAUGACCGUUUCUACCAUGAAGAACUUUAAUUUCCAAGUGAUUCACCUGUGACUGUUCUUUGUUCCAGAACUGGAUUUUCAGCUUCAACAGCAAAAAAUAAAAACAAAAAUUGAAAACCUUUUGUGGCUGUAAUAUAGUGGAAUCUGCAGUUCCUUUUGCAUUCUUGAGUUUAUUUUCUUAACUUGUGUGUUGCCUUGAAUGUCUUUAACCUUUCAAAACUUGGGUGCCACAGAACUAGUAUUUAAAAAAAAGAGGAAAACUUCUUAACCAUCCUUGCUUUAAUACUGCUUUUUGAAACAUCCUUGAAAAUGCAAAGAUUUGACUUGAUGGUAAGAUAGAGGAGUACUACUGGUUUGUGAUGGUUGAUUUUAGAAUUUUGUGAAGAGGAAAAAUAAAGAAGAGUUGGUUUGGUUACCUGAUUUAAUCAUUCUUUUGUAGGACUAUUUGGCAGGGUAAAAGCCUUAACUUAUCUCUAAGGCUUCCGUGUAUAUUAAAUCACUUCUCUAGAGGGUGUUUAUACGAUCCAGAGAUCUUAUUUUUGCAUCUAGAUAGUGAUUAUUGUAAUGAGAUAGCAUCAAAGAAUCUAUUGUAUUUAAGUAAAAACAUUUAUUUACUUGUCAGAUUAAAAACCCCAAAUGCCCUGUGGGUUUUCCUCUUUGUGUCUUUCUUGGUAUGAAUUUAUUAAAUCUGUUUUUCAAAUUGUA